UGUGUUUGGAUAGGGAGGAGUUGGCCCAAGCUUCCAUCACCCCCUAACUAAACCACACCGACGGCAAUCCAUUGAGGUCCAGGUUAAACUUUGAAGGUUCUCGUCGUUCAUUCUCUCACAGCUCUGCAUUGCGCUCUCCCGAAUCCAUCUUGCUAGUUCUCAAAUCUUGCUUGUGACACCAAAUAACGUCAAAUACCAUCACCAUUACCACCAUCAUCUCAAUCUUUCACCAUGUCGAAUUUUAAGGAUUGGGCCCUUCAAUACGUGCUCUCAGACGACGAGACUGCUCAGAGUGAGAUUGCCAAAAAGGCGGCAAAAGAAAUCGAGAACACAAGGGCCAGCAGUGCGUCUGUGGGAAGUUGGGCUGCCUCAAUCCAGCCAUGGAUAACCAUCACCAAACAAGACGAUGAUAAUUCAGACGACGACGAUGACGACAGCGGCAGCGGUGACAUAAUAGCACGGGCCAAGGCCUUGGGCUUCCUUGCCGAUACUCUCGAAGCUUUGGAUAAGAGCCUACUUCGGCCUGAACAAGUCAUCCGGCUCGUUGGUUUCUUUAGCGCCAUGUUUUCUUACGACCACAAGGCCGGCAUCACCGCCUCGGCCAAGGCACUGCGCCAGCUUUACGCCAUGAAGGGAUUCAAGCCUGCAGUCGGUGUCAAGAUGAUCGAGGACGUCUGCAAACUCAAGGAAGAUUUCAAACUACAAACGGCAGCCACCAGACUCGAAAUUUACGAGCUAUUCCUCAGUCUCAUCCAAGACCAGUCAGUGAACAAUGAACUGCAAGACAAGUACGGCACAUCUAGCGGCUUCAUCAUCGAUAUCCUUCAGCUAUGCCAGAACGAGAGGGACCCGAGGAAUCUCAUGCUAUGGUUCAAACUGCUUCCUAUCUUCCUUACCGAGUAUUCGACAUCCGACGAAGUAACCGAGGAGAUCUUCAAGGCUUUCUCAGCAUACUUCCCCAUCACAUUGAGGAGCUCGGCUACCCCGAUCGGCAUCACUGCGGACGACCUCAAGAACGCCUUAAGGGCGUGUUUUGCAUCUCACUACAAAGUAGCCAAGCUUGCAUUCCCGUUCCUCAUUGGAAAGCUCGACCAGGGUGACGCAGUAACGGUCUCGGUAAAGCUCGACAUCCUCAAAACGGUCAAGGCCUGUAUCGAACAGUACGACAACCCACAAACCAGCAUUGUCCCGCACAUCAACAAGAUCUGGAACUCUCUCAAGUACGAAGUACGAAACGGGGAGGUCAAGGAGACUAUCGAUGCUACCCUGGAUGUAUUGCGGGCAAUUGCUAAUAGGCUUGACGGCACAAAAACCCAAAAGUUUGAUGUAUCCUCGCUCAAGAACUACAUCGAUACUGUAGUUGACGACUGCCGCGAUGACUUGGCGAACCCGACAUACACAAAGCAGGCUGGACUUCUCUUGAUGACUGUCAUCACUACUAAUAUCCGUGCAUAUACCCUUGAAAGUGCGGCCUUCAUUGACAUCAUCAGGAAAAACCUCCGUCAACCAAAGUCUCCAUCUCAUACAAAGGACCUGCUCCUUCUUCUGAACUCAACCCUGAAGUCUCGGGCGGAUCUUUUCAAGAACAGGAAACAAGGUCAUCCCGAGGACGAGGAGGCUCUUAAGACGGAGUCUAGUGAUCAUCUGGUAGCUCUCUAUCACGAUGUCUACCUACCAACCUGGACUGGAAAGUCGGAAGAGACUACAUCAGAGGUUCUCAAACAGGUCGUCCAAGGUCUCGCAUUGCUCGCAACUCAGCAGACUCUUCGACCCGAUGGACAAAUCUCUUUGCUGGCUUCUCGUUCAGUUUGCUCCGAGAUCUGCUCCUUGUUGACAUAUACGUUAACCAAGGGUUUGGCGCUUAGCCAAAACGAUAACUCCACCGACGCUGCGGUGGAAGAUGAAGCGGUGCUGGCUCUGCAGUCAGUUGUUGCAACUUACACGGACGGGUAUGCAGAGCUCGUUGAGAGAGCAAAGGCCGAAAUCGAGAAACGCGACUGGACGAGCCCAUCGAAGUACACGCUGAAUGCUCUCCAAGACAUCCUGUCUCGACUUGCCUUCAUUGGAUGCUCACGUAUUCCCCUCAAUAUUGCUCUCGAUGAUGAAUCUUCCAAGCCUUUUAAGCCCCUUCAGCAUUUCAUCAGACUUGCAACAGCCAUGCACGAUCUCUUCCCUUUGUCUCCACUCCCUACCUCAGAAAAGGAGUCGUUGGCAAACUCCUGUGUCAUUUCUGCGCUACAUGGCGGUAUACUUCACUUCCGCGACGCUUGUCUCGAGAAGUUCGAACCCAAGGUAUUGGAAGCGUAUUCGGGCAGUGACAGAAACUGGCUCGAGGAAUUCCAAGGUCUACCGAAGGACUGGCUGCACGAACUCCAAGGAGAGGAUGACUCGUCUGGAGUGGUAAUCAAAGAGGAUGACCCCGAGGUUUACCGCGAGUUCCUCAGGAUCUGCUUGUUCAUCGUCAGACAUCUUUACAGAGAGGCUGCUUACGGAAAGCAAGCUCCUUGGAGUGAGCGAGUUUUUGCCCAAGUGGCCAACCUGGCAGCACUCGUGGUUCGGAGUCUCGACGAGAACCUACAAAAGUCCUGCAACUUGGCCCUAAAUGCCUUCAACUUCUUCUUCUCCGAGGACCUCUCAUCGUCUGGGCCGAGCCGGCUUGCCCCUUUCAGGAGAUUGCUGACCCUCGGAAUCCUUCAAGGGCUUCGUCCUGCAGCAAUGACCGAACUGUACGCACCACAAGGUAUUGCCGAGACCUUUAUGUGCGACACAUCAAGAAUGGCCACUGUCCUGCUAGCAGUCGGCGAGAUCCGCGGUACCAUCUGUGCCGUCCUAGCCAACAAGUACAAAGGCGGCCAAUCCACCUUCGACCCCGAGUCCGAAACCAUGAAGCGAGUCCUCAACUUCUGGGGCGAGCAGAUCAAGACAGCCACCACAACCGACGACAUCGACCCAGCCAUCUUCGAAGUCUACAACACCGUCGCCGUCCACACCGUUGCCGGCGCCUGUGCCCGGCAGGACAAAAACGUCCUGACCCUAGUCCCCAUCCUGCACGAGGCCAUCGCCAGCCCAGGCCCCAACGGCGCCAUCGUCGCCCGCACCAUCGGCGGUCUCGUCAAGACCAACGAGCUUUUGAGUCCCGAAAACCACGCGGUCGUCAAGCGCUUCUACAAGCAAUGGGUCUACACGCACUUCGCCAAACCCCUUUACGACCUGGCCUUACCCACAGGCGACGAAGACACCGCCUUUGCCGCCGGGCGGUACACCACCGCCAUCCUCUCGCUCGUCAGCAACUGUCCCUUCGAAGUGUACCAAGAAGACCUUACCCACUUAGUCCGACUCCUCAUCACCACCCUCAACAACUCCUCCGCCUCGGGCGACAUCACCCAGCCGCAGGUGGCCACUUCUCUGGAAGUCCUCGUCGACAUCCUCGCAAACGAGCCCGAGGCGCUCAAGGGACAUCUGAAGGCGAUCAUCACGGCGGGCAUGAAGACGUACGAGGAGGCGGCCAAGAACACGAGUAAAGGGAACGUGGCGAGAGCUUUGGCGGCGGUCAGGAAGUUGACGCUGCAGCUUUUGGGGGCGAUGCCGAAGAAGUUUGAGGAGAGGCAUUUGUUGCCGUAUGCGCUGCCGAUGCAGAGGAUGUUGGCGACGGCUAGUGGGGAUAAGAGCAGAGAGGCGAGGAAGGUGGCGUUGCUUGCUAGGGAGAAUUGGGCCAAGGUUGUGUAGAGAGUUGAGAGGGAUUUGGGUAUCAUAUGGAUGCUUUGAGUGGGUAGUGGCUUUCCGGAUUAUGCAUUCAUAGAUAUAUGGGCCGUCAAGGCAUGCAUAUUAGGUAGAGAUCAGGGCGGGUUGGGAACAAUGGAGUUUCGUUUUGAAUUAUGCGCUGGUGCUCUUCCAUAGACCUCCGUCGAGCAUUUGGGUACCGAAGCGAGGAGAUAUGCCCCAGUGAAC